CACACCUCAUCAUGGCAGAGGGAGAAAUCAUCCAGGAACCGUUUUGAGGAUUAUGACAAACAGUUUAAAGUGCUGACUUUCAAUCCAAUUAACCAUCUGAGGGAUUUACAGGUAAAACCACGACAUGACAUCUACAGACUUAAGGGAUUAGCUUCAACUGUCCUGGAGCCCAAAACCACAGAACAUCUUCAGAUGUUUUAUUCUCGUCAAGAGGGACCCACACAAUGUCAGCAGGUUAGCUCCGAGCUAGCGGGUUGAGUCAGCCAGAACUGCAGCAGCAUCAUCAUCAAUGGUGUGUCUACAUCCGAGAGCCGUCACAUUCUCCUGUGUCCGCUCAAUGAACUCUGAUCUCCUCCGCUGUCAUCACGGCUACACGUGUAUGGCGUUUGCAAGGCUGGGAGGAGAGUUCUGCCAAGCUCAGCACCUGCUGCUUAUUGUGGACAAGUGAACAGAAGGAAGAGCAGCGACGCACAAUCACUGCCGCCCACACCCACUCACAGGUCCGUACUGCCAUCCUGUUGAACACAUAUGAAGACGAGCUAACCCUCAGUCUGUGACCUGUCCUGGGAGGAGGGGAGGCCUUGGUUGCAGCCUGCCACUUCCCUCUCUGCUCUGGUUUCUUUCUUCUUCCUCUCUGACUCUUCAAACCUGUAGAAGAUCCGAUUCAUUUUUCCUCUCAGUCGAGCCAAACAAGCCAACUUUAUUUUAUUGCCAACAACUUUUGAUCCUUCAUCAUUUUGUUUACAACAUAUUUGUAAGUCGAUUUAAUGUUUGUUCAGAGCAGCUGUUCAUAAUUUAGUGAAAAGUUCUUCUUGAAGUUGGUCCCUUCUUCACAAACACUGAACAAUGAACCGCCCGGCCCCGGUGGAGAUCUCCUACGACUGUCUGAGGUUCCUCAUCACGCACAAUCCCACCGAUGCACAACUGGGGAAGUUUCUGGAGGACCUGAAGAUGUAUGGAGUGAACACCCUGGUGAGAGUGUGCACUGCAACGUACGACAAAGCUCCGGUGGAACAAGAAGGAAUCCAGGUUCUGGAUUGGCCGUUUGAUGAUGGCUCCGCCCCCCCGGAGCAGGUGGUUGAUGAUUGGCUGAACCUGCUGCAGACGAAAUUCAGGGAGGAGCCCGGCUCCUGUGUGGCUGUGCACUGUGUGGCCGGACUGGGACGGGCUCCUGUGUUGGUGGCCUUGGCCCUGAUUGAGUGUGGCAUGGAGUAUGAAGACGCAGUGCACCUCAUCAGACAAAAGCGUCGCGGUGCUCUGAAUGCCAAGCAGCUGCAGUACCUGGAGAACUACAGGCCCAAACUCUGCCUGCGCUCCAAAGAUGCUAACGGACAGAGCUGCUGCGUGCAGUAGGGUCCAACAGAACUUGACGGGUCUAAGUUUAUCUGUAACCUCACCUGAACAAGUAGCAGAAACCCAAACAUUCUUAGCAUCUUAAAGGGAAACGCAUUAAAAGCUUCUCUGCCUUGAUUCAUUCUGCUUCAGAUGUUUGCAGCCAAAUCCAGGUUCUGUUCGUGUAUGCAUUUAGAGGCCUCCUGGUUCUGUCCACGCUCAGUAAGCUGCAUGUGACAGUAAACCGAUUUAAUUUGAAGACCUUCUGAUUUAAAGCAGGUUGAAGACUUCCAGUUUUAUUGGCAGCAGGUUAUCGAGGGAAUCUGAAGCUGUUCAGUAGUUCUCUGCAGGACGACUGAUCGCCUGCAGAGAACCCAUCAGAACACAAGCUGAGAUUAAAAGGAUAAAAACCAGAAUCACACCAGCAUCUGUCUGCACCUUCAGCACCACCUGCUGCUCAGUGUAAACUAUUAUCUCUCGUCUCUGUUCCUGUAAUUUAUUUAUUUCACAGUUUUUGUCAAACGAACGUCUAAUUAAGAAAAUGUUGAAGAAUUAAAGUCCUACGUGCUGAAA